AACAUCAAAUGUUACAAUGUCACCUCGUCACCAUCGUCAAUCUGUCAAUCGUAUGGAUUGAUUGUAUAUAAUCAUUCUUUAUGUUAAAAAUAUAGUAGUCAAGUAUUUCUUUUGUGCUUAUUAAACAAUACAAUUAUAUAAAGUGGCGUAAUUCAAAAUAAGAAAUGUCGAAGUUCGAGGAUAAUCCAUUUAGUGAUCCUGCCAUAGACAAUCCCUUUGCGGAUCCAUCGGUGCAGCAAGUGGCUAGAAGUACAAACAAUGCCACUCAAGGUCUGGACGACUACAAUCCCUUUGACGGACAACAAAAUGCAAAUCAGGCUACGCCCUCCCAGCCAACACAACCCGCGAUAAUGCAAGCAGUCUCUCCACCCAUCGGCGGCCAGUAUACGAGAUCAAAUCAACCACAACAGAGUCAAAACCCACCACAAAACUUCACUACAGCUGACUUUCAAAAACGGCAAGAGGAAUUAGAACGCAAAGCUGAAGAGUUGGCCAGGCGUGAAGCUGAACUCAGAGCAGGUUCGGCUGGUAGAAGAAAUAAUUGGCCACCUCUACCCGCCUUCUGCCCCAUUCAGCCAUGUUUCUAUCAGGACAUAAAUGUAGACAUCCCGUUGGAGUUCCAAAGAAUUGUUCGACAUUUGUAUCAUCUUUGGAUGUUCCACGCUCUGGUUUUGGCGUUGAAUAUAAUCGGUGGGCUGUCGCUACUGUUCGCCGGUCAAGGCUUCACAGUCUUCGGUCUGUCCAUACUGUACUUCGUGCUGCUGACUCCGUUCAGUUUCAUCUGCUGGUACAGACCGAUCUACAAGGCGUUUAGAAGCGACUCCUCGUUCAACUUCAUGGUCUUCUUCUUCAUAUUCCUCUUUCAAAUUAUUAUAACACUGGUGCAGUCUAUUGGAUUCAGCGGUGGAGGCUCUUGUGGACUGAUUACGAGCAUCGCUGUGUUCAGAGAGAAUAUCGGCGUUGGGAUCGUGACUCUGAUCGUCACCAUUGGCUUCAUCACGGCCGUCGUAGCUGACGUCAUGCUCAUCACUAAGGUGCACCGCAUCUACCGCUCGACGGGCGCGUCGCUGGCGAAGGCGCAGGCCGAGUUCACGACGGAGAUCCUGCGCAACCAGCACGUGCAGACCGCCGCCUCCAGCGCCGCCGCCGCCGCCGUCAACGCGCAGAUCGCCUCCGCCAACCGAUACUAACGCCGGCCGACGGUCUAGUGCUACCACACCUCCACCACCCACCCCCACCCCACACCGAACACUUCCUGAAAUAGACACGCUAAUCGCAAUAUUUAGUUGACACGGCUAACGAGUAUAUUACCUGUAGGAGCAGACACUGUGAGAAAUAUCAACCACAUCUGACGCUUACAGUGCGCCAUAAAUUAUGAGGCCAAGAUGUCAAGCCCCUUGUGUAUUUAAUUACACAGUAAUAUAAUUUAUUUCUGUUUUUCGGUAGAAUAUUUGAUGACUACCACCGUAAGUGUCUGCACAAAACUCUUACUCUAUUGUUCUCUAAUCUUACCUGCCACUUAACUCUAUAGAUCACAUAAAAUACAUUAGCACAAUGAAUUCGAGUUUAUUAGUAAUAAAAUAUUUAAAGUAAAAUAGAACUAUGGGACACUGAUUUAAAAUAAUCUAACCAAUAGUUAUUGACACAUUGUCUCGCUCACUUACAUGAGUAACGGUAUCCGCUGUUCAGCCAAUGAUAUCUUGCUUCGCCAUGAAAAAUCAGUAUACAUUAAAUUAAGAAGAUAAGCGCAUUAUAUUUUAUAAUGAUUAAUAAAUUCUAUAGCAAAUCUAUUUUGUAUUUCAGGUAUAAAACUGACAAUUAUUAAUCAGCGUCACCUGUGUGGAGGAUACACAAUAAUAACGUAAUCGACAUUAUCAAAAGCGCUUUUUAGUAUAUCAUAAUAUUCAAAAAAAUAUUUAUAACAAGUUUUCAUUUAUAAAAAUUUUCUUCAAUGCUGAGAUUUUAAAUUAUUAAAUAUUAUAAAGUCUUCAUUAAACAAUUAAAUUGCUUGUUCUAUUAAAAUUGUUAUGAUUAAUUUUUUAAAAUUAUUCGUUAUCUGUGCAUCUUAUUUGAAAUAACUUUUAUGAAAUUAUUAUGUGUUAAGUGUUUAGAGAAAAGUGCUAACAAAUGUAAAUCUAUAUUUGUUUAAAUAAAAAAAAACAGCAAUAAAAAUUAUCUUUUACAAAUUUUAUAUUUUCAUGUAUAAUCAACAGCCACAUAUUUAAUAUUGUUAAUUUAUUUUAGGUAUAUUACGAGCGCAUUUUAUAAAUACGGCCACAAAGUCGAAUGGCUGUGCAACUUAUUGAUUUACUAAUUAUGUUUUAUUUAUAAUCGUUCAUUUAUAAUGUAGUACUCUGUUUAAUGUUCUAAUGGAAUAAUCCGUACAGGCAUCACCCUUAUUGUAGCUAAGUUUUUAAUCAUUUUCGUUCUUAAUUUAAAUAUUGUUAGUAUUAGCUGCAAAAUGUCGUAACGUAUAUUUAUAAUUAUGUUUCAUAACGCCUUCCUUAUAAAGCAUCUGUAGGAAAACGCAUAAUCCAAAAAAAAAAUAUGUUAUUCGAAUUUUGUGCAUGGCAAUAACUUAUAUUAUAUGAGUGAUAGAAGUUUGGACCUUCGUUAUUUUAUAAUUAUUAAAUGCUCAUAUUAAAUUUUACAGAAUACAUACUAACCAUGUACAUGUUGGUACAUAAUAUCCUAAACACGAUGAAAAUUACAAUAAAUAUUUGGCAGAAAAAUCCCGUUUAUAUUAUAUCUAUAAGCGAAGUUGACAACUUUUCUACCGUAUCUUCUAACAUAAGUAUCGUCCCUUCGGUUCGUACAGUAUUAGAUGUUAAUGCGGUCUCCUACAGCGGCUCGAUUACAUCAUAAUAUAGUUUAGUUUAUUCUAGUUUUAACCACAUGAGCUUACAGACGCCUUACAUUUCGUAUAUAUUGUAUUCAUAGCACCGCUGCACCCUGUUACUAAUAUAAUAAUAAUCUAGAAAAAUUAAUUGCUAUAACCAUAGAUAGGGACAAUAUGUCAAUACUAAAAAAUAUAGUAAAUACACUAUUAGUUUAACAUAUUAUUAUUUUAAUUUUCUCAGCUCGCAAUAAUAUUGGUAAUUUCCAUAAGAUUUAAAUUUUAUUUUGAAUACUAUUCACAGAUUAAUAGUGAAAAUAAAUAUUUUACAUUCCAUUUUCCAUGGGCGAGUGUAAAUAUUUUAAUAGCCCUUCGAAAUUUAAAUGUUUUUAAUCGUAUUCGAUUUUCAAAUGUAGCAUGUGUUAAAUGUGAAUUUAUUAAAAAUAUAUAAGAAUUGUAAUCGGUCCGUUUACUUAAUUUUUGAUGUUUCAUGUGUGAUUCCCUCUUGCCCCGUGUUACGAUAUUAGAUGCACAAGACUUCGAUUUUAGCGUUUAUAUCUAUGUAUAAAAUAGUAUAAGAUAUUAAAUUUACCAAACUAGUCACAUGACUAAUGUUAAGAUACGAUUUUUGAUCUUGACAGUUUUGGGAAACGAGCAUGAUAACAGCUCGAAUCAAUUAUCUAUAACACUAUCUAUCUAUCUAUCUAUCUAUCUAUCUAUUGUAUCCUUUGAACGGAUACAGCAAAAAGGUAUCUAUGUAUCUGGGCCUAGUAUAAUGUAAAUUAUUGAGACCGUCCUUACCCAGAUAACGGUAAGCGAAGGCAUAGAAUUAAAUAAAUGUUUAACUGUUUUGUAACGAUUAAGUCAUGUUAUAAACUUAUGAUUAAUAUUAAAUAUAGUUUCAGAA